AUGUCGCGUGAACAGCGAACCUCCGUGCGGCUUAUGCGCCCCGGUGUUGUCGUACUAGUAUUGGGUGGUCGAUAUGCUGGUCGGAAAGCAAUAGUCGUAAAAAGCUACGAUGACGGCUCCAAAGAGAAGCCGUACGGCCAUGCGCUCGUUGUUGGAAUAGACCGGUACCCUCGGCGUAUUGUGAGAAGAAUGGGCAAGCGGCGUAUGGAAAGUCGGUCGAAGAUAAAACCCUUCGUGAAGAUAUACAAUUACAAUCAUUUAAUGCCGACGCGUCAUUCAGUCAAUAUCCUGUUUGACACGAAGCUCAUCAAUAAGAACGCCUUGGUGGACAAAUCCUUGCGAAGGAAGGCUCGUUUGGAAGCAAAGCUGAAGUUGCAGCAAAGGUACAAAACAAACGAAAAUCCCUGGUUCUUCCACAAACUCCGGUUUUGA